AUAGAUGGCAGUGUUUUUAAAGCAUUGCUGUCAUCUUUGUCUAAAUAAACACUGCUCUUUGUAUACUCAUGAUCCGAAAGCAAAGUGUAAUACUGUCGUGUUUUAUUGGCGACCAGUAAAGUACAUGGAAGAGGACACCUUGAAGAGAAGCACCCAGUUUUCUGCUGAAUCGUACGUGUUUUCUGACAGCCGGUUAGCAUGCAGCUGACCCAGAAGCUGAUGACAAGAGGAGGAAAUGUGUUAUUAUUGCAAUAACAUGAGAACCUGGGUGUCCCGGAGAGCUACUUAACAGGGCCCAAACCUUGAGAGCAAUUCAGCCGAUCUCCAGCCUGAUCCAGCAGACCUCUAUCAGGAUCUAGACUAUCAGCUCCAUAUGGCUGUGUAUGAUGAGAAUAUCCUGAAGAAUCCGUUCUAUGUGGCUCUGGAGAAGCAGAGACCCGACCUCUGCAGCCAAGUGGCUGAGCUCCAUGGAAUUGUUCUUGUUCCCUGCUGUGGAAGUUUCAGCGUCAGCACAUUUGCUGACUCCAAGUUUGACAGCUACAUCCUCUUGCCGGUGGAGGAUGGAUACCAGACUUCGGAUGGAAAGGAAGUCACCAUCCAGGACAAGCAUGUCCUACUCGGACCUAAAUUUCCCAAUCCAGUUUCAAUCCCAAUACUUUUUGAGGAAACCUACUAUAACGACCAGGAGCAGAGCUACAACAUUCUGUGCAUCUCAAGGCCUGUGGAAGUGGAACCAAGUCCAGCUGAGCUAAGCCCUCCACCUCCAUGCUGCCUGAAGAGUCUGGAGGAUGUCAGAGAGUUCCUUGGACGUCACGCUCAGAAGCUGGACAAGCUAAUACAUGGCUUCUGUCUGGCCUUUAAAGAGCAGGAGCGAAAGGGACUCAGACACCACAUAGACUCAGUGAAUGGUCUCUACACCAAAUGUCUUCAGUGUCUACUGCGUGAUUCUCGUCUUAAACUGCUCGCAAAGCAGGAGGUCCAGAUGACUCUCCUUAAACAGGCUGUGGAGAUGUAUGUUCAUCAUGGUAUCCAUGAUUUAAUCUUCAGCUUUGUGGGGACGUUGGAAGCCAGCCAAGAUGCUGCAUUUAACAAAACUACCCGGAGUCUGCAGGAGCUGCAGCUCAAAGACCUCGGAGUCAGACCAGAAUUCAGUAUUAAUCUGUCUCGAGCCAAAAGAGAACUCAGUCAACUCAACCAACAGACGUCCCCCCUGCUUAAGUUGCUCUGCCUGCGCCGAGUUGCUCUGACCGCCACCCACACUCCUCGUCGCUCAGUCAGUAUAGAUGCUGUGUGUGCAGAUGACCUGCUCUCUGUCAUCCUCUAUCUGCUGGUCAAGAUGGAAAUUCCCAAUUGGAUGGCCAAUCUGAGCUACAUCAGAAACUUCUGCUUCAGCCACUGCAGCAAAGACGAGCUCAGUUACUGCCUGAGCACAUUUGAGGCUGCAGUGGAGUUUAUUAACCUGGGAAAGCUUCACAACACGGGAACUGGAAAACUGAAUGAUAAGUCGUCAUUUGCGGAGAAGAUGAGUCUCCCGGCUCAGAGCUCUGCCACACCCAUCCACUGUCUAUUUGAGCACAUUGCGAAUGGGAACGAGGCAGAGGUCGAGUGUUUGCUGGGCGUAGGAGAAAGUGAUGAAGAUGGCAAGAUGUGUCACCCCCUCUGUUCUUGUGAUCAGUGUGACCUCCAGCUGUCAGGGCGAUUCAAUGACCCGUCCAUCGUUACGCCGUUCUCUAGGGAUGACAGGGGAUACACUCCACUGCAUGUUGCUGCCAUCUGUGGACAGGCACAAUUGAUCGAUCUGCUGGUCUGUAAAGGAGCGCCUGUCAAUGCCACAGACUACCACACACUUACACCUCUACAUCUGGCCUGCCAGAAGGGUUUUCAGGGAGUCACGUUGCUGCUGCUUCACUACAAAGCCAACACGGAUGCUCAGGAUAAUAACGGGAACACACCGCUACAUCUUGCUUGCAUGUACGGACACGAGGAUUGUGUAAAGGCUCUGGUCUACUUCGACAUUCAAACGUGUCGACUAGACCUGCAGAAUGACAAAGGCGACACAGCACUACACAUGGCAGCACGCUGGGGUUAUGAAGGAAUCAUCCAGGUCCUGCUGGAGAACGGGGCAAGCACUGACAUCCUCAACAAAAACCGGGACUCACCGCUGCAGUGUGCACUCAACUCCAAGAUUCUGGCUUUGCUGCAGUCGAGUCAAAACAAUCGCAAACGCUUAUCCAGUGGGAGACAUUCUCCCAGUCGCUCCCCUCAGACGUCGGACAGCAGCAGCCGUCGUUCCUCAAUCUCCAGCACCUCCUCUGCGGGGUCGGAGGUCAAACCCGAGGUGGAGCGUGUCCGUCACAGAGAGGUGGAGAAGCUGCUUCGCGCGGUGGCUGACGGCGACGUGGAGAUGGUGCGCUACCUGCUGGAGUGGAUGGAUGAAGAGGAUGAAGAAGAGCCCCGGGAGACUCCUAUGUGUCACCCACUGUGUCAGUGUCCGAACUGUGCUCCCACACAAAAGCCCUCUGUCCUGCCGCCCGGUGCUCUUGGCGUCAACAGCUGCAACAUUGAUGGAUUCACUCCACUCCAUGUUGCCGCUCUGCACGGCCACACAGAGCUCACGUCACUGCUGAUUCGUCACGGGGCCACUGUCAACGCCCGCACCAAUCAGAGCGCCACGCCGCUUCACCUGGCGUGCCAGAACAGCCACAUACAGGUGGUGAGAUUUCUGCUUGAGUGCAACGCCAAACUCAAUAAGAAAGAUCACUAUGGCAACACGCCGCUGAUGCACACCUGUUUCCGGGGAAACCUGGAGACCGCCACCACUCUCUUACAGAGCAAUGCACUAGUGAACGUGGCUAACAACCAAGGGAACACAGCGCUACAUGAGGCCGUGCGAGGAGGACACCAGGCUUUGGUGGAGCUGCUGCUGAAGAGCGGCGCUUCUCCAGCCCUCAAAAACAAGAGACAGAGGACACCGCUGGACAGCGCUUACGAACUUGGUGGCAAGAACAUGGAGAUCCUCAGAGCCCUGCAGAAAGCUUCUGGACUCUCUCCGGACGCAGAACCUAUCAAACUUCUUUCAGUGCCCAAAGGAGCUCUGGCUCAUUCCUUCGUCCAGCGUCUGCGCCUGCAGGACCAGAACAACGGCAGGAGACAGAAAGUGGCCGAGUCCAUCAGCAGGUCUCAGCAGAUGAAGAAAUCUGGCUCUUCUCCACGACGUUCACCAAAUCUCAACCAGAUGAACCCCGAGCGGAGGAGGUUGAGGCGCGGGGAGACAGUGGAGGUGAGCAGCUGCUCUGAAGACCCUGUGCCUCGUCUUAGAGAGCGAGCUCUGGCUCGCUGUCACACCCUGGACCCAGGAGAGCAUGUACAGUACACAGACACGUCCGACACACACUCUCUUGAAAUCCACUCCUCCAAGACCAGUGAGAAGAAUCCGUCCGAAGAUGGUGCUGUAUCUGACGAUGAAGGAGGCCAAACACAUGCGGAGUACAUUUCCAAUGGUCAAGCCUGUUUACCGCCUCACAGCAGUGUGACAUCAGGGGCUGAUGCCUCGGACUGCUCUGCCUCUCAAGAGGACUCUAAUGAGAGUCAGAGCCACAGUUCACUCAACGGAGAGUUGAAGGACUCACCGCCCAGCCAGACUCUGCCCUGAGUUUGGAUACCGUCCUGUAGAUGCCUGGGUAUACAGUACUGGGAGUCCCCCUGGGGCUGCUGCACUGGCUGGAGCUCAGCUGAGGACCUGCUGGUCAUGAUGCUGGAGAUGCAGCAGGAGCGAACACAUGGGUUUACAAAGCACUCCGACACCCACACGAUCUUGGUUGUCAACUGCCACAACCCUCGCUUUGAAAAGCUGAAUGAAUUUUUAGAAGCCAAAAAAAACGCGGAUGUGAUUCAACUACGCUUCCCAAAACUAACACUAGAUGGUGCCAAGUAGGUAGUCGAAAUUGAAUCCUACAGUCCGUGAAAACAUUUGAAAUAUCAAAUAACAUUUGAAAAAUAAUUUACCACUAGAUUUGACGAUAAUAUGAUGCUGGACUGUGAAACUAUUUUAUUAAAUUUUAGUUCUGCUGCACUUUCUUUUAAAUUGUUUGGUUGACAAACAUUAUUUUAUUAUUAUUUGUAUAAUUAUGAAACUUCUUUUGCUCUUGCCUGUUCGUAUCCCCUUAUUGAAGACAGAAGUUAAGAAUCAUGUCGUUCUUCUGACCGAAACCAAUCCAGAUGAAAAGCUCAGCGGAUGAGAAAUAUUCUCUCACAUUUCAUCACUCUUUAACAGCGAGUGAAACCCUCUUCAGUUCCAGCGGUGAUGUAUGAACCUGGUGAAACGUUGGGGUCCAGUUUCUUCAGCACUAGUGUUCACAGCUGCCCACUGCGCACGUGCAGACAAACUUGAAAUGUUCUGCUCGGUUAGAGCUGAAUAUGGGCUACAUUUUCACACUUUAUGAUUCAAUUUGGAUUAUUUAUUAAGAAGACUGCCUUUUGGUGCCUUUUUGUUUGCAAAUGUGUUGGGAGAAAACGGUGCAGUUGGCCAUGUUGGUCGAUGUGACAUGAGCAAACUCAUUGAUGGUCUUUUUACUGAGAGAUUUGUCUUCGUAGGUUUUCAUUUCCAUGAUCAUGUGACAUGAGCCCUUCAUUGUGGGUGAAGCUUUUUCUAAAGCUUUCAGACUUAAGUAUUACUUCAGUGCUUGUACUGUGUAUCAUGUUUCCCCCGUCUUCUUUCCCCUGUCCGUGCAUGCCUGGCUAUUGUUGACAGUAUGACGUUGAACCUCUGGAGAGUCGCAGCGGAGGUGCAACAAAGAUACUGGAGAAUGUAGAUGUGAAGACUUCAAACAUUCAAGUCAACACACUGUAGAGUAGAAGUAGAGAAAGGUGAUGAAUGGACGUAGCAAUUGCUCACUUUUCAAGCACUUUUUUUUUCUUUUUGAAAAGGGAAGAAACCAAACAUUCACCAAGCGUAUGGUCUCAUGUUGGCAAUAAUGACUUUCAAUUUCUCUUCAGAAUGUCUGAGCCACACUCGCUUUUCAAGUAGAAAGUAGAGAGCAUUCACUUCAGUGUAGCUAUUGUCCUAUGUCACCAGGAAAAUGAGUCAUGUUCACUGAAUCACAGUGUCUGUCAAACACGAUCUUGUAACAGUGGUCUUUAAUGUCUGCGUUGGUUUGAAUGAUUCACAAAAACAUUUUUAGCCAUUUUGCUUCUGUCUGAUGGUCUGAUUUAUUGUCCCGUGGUUCUUUAAAAACAGAUGUGAAUGUGCCUUAUUUAACUCCAUGAAAAUAAACAAUGAUCACUGCUGUGCGUCC